AGUGUUAAAAACAUGGAUAACCUUUACACUAGCUUAGUGCUACCACAGCUUGAAUAUGCAGCACCAGUUUGGCAAAUUGCUAACUGUCAACCCCUUCAGAGGAAAGGAUUAGCUGUCUGUCUAGGAUUACCUACUACUUCCGGUAAAGAUGCUGCUGAAGUGCUUUCUGGGGUUCUACCACUUGACUUUAGAAGGGAGGAACUGAGCAUCAGAGAGUGUGGAAAAAUAUUUGCAAAAAACAAAAAGGAAAACAUUGCGAAAUGCCUAGAAAGUUACAUGGGAAAACACACAAAUUUAAUUGAAAAAUUCAGAUCUCCUUUUGGCUACAUGUUAACACAGAUAGAAGAUAUGAAGUCACUGACCAACUUGACAAUGAAUAGUAUAGAACCAGAAUUUUCCUACCUUGAAUAUCUACAGCCGUCCCGAACCAGACCUGAUUACUGGAACAAUCUUGGUUGUUCCGAAUCUAGAACCAAUAAACAAGUGGAGGAUGCAAAGCAAAUUAUCAAAAAUAUACCAUCAGAUGUAGACAACAGAACAGCAGUGGCUUUUACAGAUGGUUCCUGCAGAGGAAAUCCAGGUCCCUGUGGUGCUGGAGCUUGCAUCCUUCUUCCAAACACAGAGUUAGUUGAACUGAAACAACCGGUAUCAAAAUUAUCAUCCAUCCUUGUAGGUGAAAUGGUGGCUAUCAAGAUAAAACUUAAAACAAUUCUAGAAGAGUGUAAGAGAUUACAAAUCAAAAAGUUAAAAAUAUUCAGUCACAGUCAGUCUGCUAUAGGCAUUAUUAAUCUUGGAUGGGAGAAUAAAACACACAAAUUCUUGUCAUCAGAAAUACUCCAACUGUGGAAAGAUCUAGAAAUGGCUGGAGUAGACAUCCACCUUGAUUGGACCCUAGGACAUGCUGGUAUCAGUGGGAAUGAGACAGCAGACAGACUGGCCAAAGAGGCAGCUACAGAGGCAGAAAGCAUGACAGAUGAUGAGGUAGUUACUAGUCAAGCAGAUAUCUGUCAUGUUGCUAGAGAGUCGGUACGUAUGAAAUGGCAAAGAAGAUGGGAUAUCAGUGAGAAUGGACGACAUUUAUAUCAAUUCAGGCAAGAAGUUAAACCCAAGUACAUCAAUUUUCAGGGAUUGAAGAAUCAAAAAAUAUUGCUCCAGCUGCAGUGGGUAUUGCCUUAAUGAAUACCAAA